AUGGAAAAACACACAGGUAAACAUAAAGUCCCACAACCUCUGUUACCACUGGAUAUUAAAUUGAAAACUAAAAUACCUCCAUCAUUUGUAAAACGUAAUCACACACAAUCUACAAAAAAUGUACGAGAUUUCCCUCUGUUUCUGUGUCAAGUCACCCAAAGGCUGAACAAAACUCAACAAUCUCAGGCUGUAAAAGUACAAAGAACUACUAAGAAGUACAAAGAAACUACGCCCAAAAAACAUCAUUUAUGGAAAAACCUAACACUUCCUCGUCUCAAGUUAAGAAAAACCACAAAAAUACCUAGCGGUGAAAAAAUACCAUUAGACCAGGGCAAAGCAAAAACCGAAUCACCAUUACAAAAAAUAUGCAAUAAUGAAGAAAAUAUCGAAUCUGCUCAAGAAGCUAUUGGGAGUACAAUUCCUGUAACAAAAGUUGGGUUGCAUUCAAUAGAAACAGAAUUCACAGAAACAAAAACUCCAAAUUACACAGAAGAAAAUAGAGAAAAUUCAGAAAGUACAGACGACAACGAUGAUGACGAAAAGGAAUUCGAGGAAGUGGAAGGAAAAGAUUGUGAAGCUGUCACAAUUCCAUGUACCAGUGAAUUAACAGAAAAUACACUAACUAGUGAAAGCAGAACAAUAGUGAAAGAAAAUGAACCUUGGGAUAAAACAAAAGGAAAUGUUGCGACUUUUGCAAUCAGCAUUAAAAAAUCUCCCAAAGAAGGUAUGGGUACAAUGACAACUGAUAAGUUAUCUUUGAGUACAAGAGAAAAUAAACAGGACACUCAGACUGAAGUUAUGGACAUGCUUACCUCGAGCACAGAAGGAAAAAAAGAAUAUACCGUGUCUUCUUCUUUCCCAGAAACUACUAAUCCGUCUGAAGUUUCUGACAUGCUCACUUCAAUCACAGGAGAAAUUAAACAAGAAACACUCUCUUCUACUCUAAAUAAUACUGGAAGUAAAAUUUUUGAUUGGUCCACAUCCACAGGGGAAAAUACACGAGAAACUUUAUCUUCCCCUGAAACUACUACUCAAACUAAAGGGGCUGACAUGUUCACUUCAAGUAUUGAAGGAAAUAAACUAGACACUUUGUCUUCUAGUUUAACUGAAACUAAUACUCUAACAGGAAUUUCUCAUGUGUCCUCUCCAAGUAUAGAAGAAAUGAAACAAGAAACACUCUCUUCUACUCUAAAUAAUACUACUACUCAAGGUAAAGUUUUUGAUUUAUCCACAUCUACUACUGGAAGUAAAACUUUUGAUUUGUCCACUUCAAAUACAGGAAAUGCACAAGAAACUUCAUCUUACCCUGUAACUACUACUCCAACUAAAGGGUCUGACACGUUCACUCCAAGUAUUGAAGGAAUUAAACUAGACACUUUGUCUAGUUUAACUGAAACUAAUACUCUAACAGAAGUUUCUCAUGUGUCCUCUACAAGUAUAGAAGAAAUGAAACAAGAAACAUUCUCUUCUACUCUAAAUAAUACUACUACUCAAGGUAAAGUUUUUGAUUUGUCCACAUCCACAGGAGGAAAUGCAAAAGAAACUUUAUCUUCCCCUGAAACUACCACUCCAACUAAAGGGUCUGACAUGUCCACUUCAAGUAUUGAAGGAAUUAAACUAGACACUUUGUCUUCUAGUUUAACUGAAACUAAUACUCUAACAGAAGUUUCUCAUGUGCCCUCUCCAAGUAUAGAAGGAAAGACACCUGAUAUGUCUUUGGAAACAACUUCAAAAGAGGCUAAUUCCAUGACAGAUUUGUUAUUAACAUCAACAUUUAUAUCUGACAAUACCAGACCUGCUAGUACUACAAAGGCAGAUUCUGUUACCAACCCCAGCUUAUCAUUAAAUUUAACAAAAGAGACACAUGAUAUGUCUUUGGAAACAACUUCAAAAGAAGCUAAUUCCAUGACAGAUUUGUUAUUAACAUCAACAUUUAUAUCUGACUAUACCAGACCUGCUAGUACUACAUCAAUGCCAGAUUCUGUUACCAACCCCAGCUUAUCAUUAAAUUUAACAAAAGAGACACCUGAUAUAUCUUUGGAAACAACUUCAAAAGAAGCUAAUUCCAUGACAGAAUUGUUAUUAACAUCAAAACUUAUAUCUGACUAUACCAGACCUGCUAGUACUACAAAGGCAGAUUCUGUUACCAACCCCAGCUUAUCAUUAACUCUAACAAAAGAGACACCUGAUAUAUCUUUGGAAACAACUUCAAAAGAAGCUAAUUCCAUGACAGAUUUGUUAUUAACAUCAAAAUCUAUAUCUGACUAUACCAGACCUGCUAGUACUAUAUCACAGACAGAUUCUGUUACCAACCCCAGCUUAUCAUUAAAUUUAACAAAAGAGACACCUGAUAUGUCUUUGGAAACAACUUCAAAAGAAGCUAAUUCCAUGACAGAUUUGUUAUUAACAUCAAAACUUAUAUCUGACUAUACCAGACCUGCUAGUACUACAAAGGCAGAUUCUGUUACCAACCCCAGCUUAUCAUUAACUCUAACAAAAGAGACACCUGAUAUAUCUUUGGAAACAACUUCAAAAGAAGCUAAUUCCAUGACAGAUUUGUUAUUAACAUCAAAAUCUAUAUCUGACUAUACCAGACCUGCUAGUACUAUAUCACAGACAGAUUCUGUUACCAACCCCAGCUUAUCAUUAAAUUUAACAAAAGAGACACCUGAUAUGUCUUUGGAAACAACUUCAAAAGAAGCUAAUUCCAUGACAGAAUUUUUAUUAACAUCAAAACUUAUAUCUGACUAUACCAGACCUGCUAGUACUACAAAGGCAGAUUCUGUUACCAACCCCAGCUUAUCAUUAACUCUAACAAAAGAGACACCUGAUAUAUCUUUGGAAACAACUUCAAAAGAAGCUUAUUCAAUGACAGAUUUGUUAUUAACAUCAAAACUUAUAUCUGACUAUACCAGACCUGCUAGUACUACAAAGGCAGAUUUUGUUACCAACCCCAGCUUAUCAUUAAAUUUAACAAAAGAGACACCUGAUAUGUCUUUGAAAACAACUUCAAAAGUAGCUAACUCCAUGACAGAUUUGUUAUUAACAUCAAAACUUAUAUCUGACUAUACCAGACCUGCUAGUACUACAAAGGCAGAUUCUGUUACCAACCCCAGCUUAUCAUUAACUCUAACAAAAGAGACACCUGAUAUAUCUUUGGAAACAACUUCAAAAGAAGCUAAUUCCAUGACAGAUUUGUUAUUAACAUCAAAAUCUAUAUCUGACUAUACCAGACCUGCUAGUACUAUAUCACAGACAGAUUCUGUUACCAACCCCAGCUUAUCAUUAAAUUUAACAAAAGAGACACCUGAUAUGUCUUUGGAAACAACUUCAAAAGAAGCUAAUUCCAUGACAGAAUUGUUAUUAACAUCAACAUUUAUAUCUGACUAUACCAGACCUGCUAGUACUACAAAGGCAGAUUCUGUUACCAACCCCAGCUUAUCAUUAAAUUUAACAAAAGAGACAACUGAUAUAUCUUUGGAAACAACUUCAAAAGAAGCUAAUUCCAUGACAGAUUUGUUAUUAACAUCAAAACUUAUAUCUGAGUAUACCAGACCUUCAAGGAUUACAUACAAGACUGAAUCUGCUACGUACAAAAAACAUACAGACACAAGCAUCAGAGAUAACGUAGUGGAGGGUAGUACAAGUACGACGACAGCUAUAACAAAACCAAACUUGGGAAGAAAUUUCAUGGAGACUCAUGAACCAACAACGGAGAAAGGAGCUGGCAUAGUGGAGCAUAGACUACAAAAUAAAAUCUACACGAUGUACGCUUGGGACUCAAACAAGUUUGAUUGGUACCAAUUCUUAGCAUUCCUUAGAAUAACAGACUUGUAUGAGGAAAGUGCUAAAGACAAUAGAUAUUGGGAGCAUAUUAUUGGUAUAUUCUUCAAAACGGUACAGGAAAACUUUAUUGAUGGGUUUAGUGUGAAGAUCGGAAAUAACACUUUAACAGUGUAUAUGAACGAGACCACUGAUUUUCUUGGAGAGGUGAUAUCAGAAAUCGAGGAAUACCUUUGGUUGUUUGCGAGCCUGAGACUAGGCGAGGCGACCCGAGUCAGGGCGAGAGAAGCCGAGCGCACGGAGUACACCUUCGCACUCGCACUGCUCACCUCGUCUCAGCGAGAGUGCAGUGGGGCCAUAAGAAUUGUGGCCAAAUAA